CACUGUCAAGAGAAGAACGUCAACCUUUGCACAACUAAUUGUUAUGAAACUGAAACCGCAUUAAGGAAAACAUUAGCAUCGGCUUAAUCAACAUUAAAAUCCCGGCAACAUGUCCAUCAAAGUCGGCGGAGCAUUUCGGCGCUCGGGUGGCAUUGUAUCUGCCAUCGGAAAACAGCUCAAACUGGUCAACCUGAAAGCGGUGCAACGUAUCACGGUGUGCUUCGAUCCGUUCGACGAGAAUACCACCCCGACGAGGGAGUUUGUGCAUCAUCUUUCGGCACCGAAAAUAUCACAAACCAACCCAACCUGUGUGCUGAAAACGGAGGUAGUCUGCGACCGAAGGCCACCCUCCAUUGUCUUUCAGCUUAUACCAUCAGUACAAGCGGAAGCAAAGCUGAAAAAGAUUGAACUAAGCAGUGCCAAUUUGUCCACACUUGAGCUGCUAAAACUCUGUAACAAGCACGUGAGCAUUCUGGCACCGAAAGAAAUAGCGACCAGCGUAGUGAAGACCAAAUCGGAGAAAAAGGCCGGUGGUGGUGGUGCUGGUAAACGUCGAUAGAAGGGGAACGCCGUGCACACCGGGAACAACCCUUUUCCGAGCGAAACAUGUCGCACAAAAAGCUUAAGGGCGGCCAUAUGGCCAUCAUCGAGAACUGGUAUCAUCAGAUACCGGCAUUUACGGACGUGUUUACGGAGGAGAGUUUCUACAUGUUUGCCGUCUGCUUUGUGCUGUCCACCAUAGCCGUCGUGUUUGUGCUGUCCCGGUUUAUCACGCUGAAGCCGGUCGAUUAGUCAUUUUUUU